AUGUCCGCCUUCUGGGGGUGGCUCUCCGACCUCGCGCACGCCAUCCCCAUCCCGGGCAUCGACCACCAGCAACCCGGCACCUUUGGCCAUGCGAAGCGUCCCCGCUCCUGCCCCAGCGGCCCCAUGCGCCAACUGUCGCUCCACGCCCUCCUCCACGACAACCUCGGAGAGGCCACUUGGGAAACCCAGCUCCGCGCAGAGCUCCCCACGUUCGAUCACCGACCCGGGGCAGCUCCCGCCCACGUCGACGUCCUGGUCACCAAUGAGCGCGACCUCAUCAGGACCCUCUCCGUCAAGGACAGCCCCGUGUCGUCGUACCAUGUCGCCAUCCAGGCAGCCAUCGCAGACCACAAACGCCAGUCUGCUCCUCAUCCUGUAGCCUCCUCCCCUGGACCAGCCGCCAUGUCCCGCUCCCUUUCCCAAACCUCUGCACACACACGCACCCCUUCUUCUUCGUCUACCGCCGCCUCGACCACUGCCUCUGCCAACGAACGCUCUGGCAUCCGUCGCCCAGACACGUCCAUCCGCUGCCAAACACGGGUCGAUGAUCGUCCAUACGAGCUGUCGGCCCUCGAACUCGAGUUCAAAGUGUUUGCCCAUCUUGACAAGCACCCAAUGCCACACCCCGGAAACCCGAUGCCGCCCGCCGACGACGACGAGAACCGCGCAGCCCCCGCCCAAGACCUCGGCUUUGCCUUUUCGGACGUCUGGAAGCGUGGACUGAGCAAGAGCAUGAUCUACAUUGUCAUUGCCCACGAGAUCUGCGGUACUCGCCUAGGUGCCUUGGCUAUCGGCGAGUACAUGCAACGACUCGCCAUUGUGCCCUUUGGCGACGACCAGUUUGCAGUUGCCAUCGAGGUCACGGAACAGAUGGCAGCUGCCCAUCCAGACCUGCUCCACAUUGUCGACCUAUUUGCGACGGCACCCCGCAAGGCGGACAUGCCAUGGUGCUUUUGCGACGACGACAACAACUACAAGCCCAACCCCGAAGCUCUCCACGCCUGGCGCGAGCUGGCGUAUGCUGCAUACCGCUUCAUUAGCCCCAUCUCCUUCACCGCGCCGCUGGAGCGUGUCCCACUCGACCGCAGUGCCCCCAUCCCCGCUGCCCUCCAUGCCGACCGCUCAGUCGUGACCCCCUUUAUGAGCAACCCCACCGAGCAGCACGCGCUUGCGCGCGUCGCUCGUCCGUCCUUGCUUGCCAACCCUCCCCGCACACUGCCCCCACUAUCGCCGCCGCAGCCACGACCACGCACGCGUUCAUUCACUCGUUCGCACACGCAUGCGCACUCGGCCAGCGCCGACUCGCCCAACAUGAAGCCUUGGAGUCGACGUGAAACCGACAAGUUCUUGGACCGCCUUAGCAACACCGAGCUAGAAGGGUUUGUCCGCAGUCUACCCCACGUUCCUAUCGUCCUCGUCUCCCCCGCUGUCAUGACCAGCGUUAUCGCCUCUGUUUAA